CAAUCUAAUGACUGACUACUUACUUAAUCAGUCUGUUUUUAUUAUAGCGUAAACACACGACUGCAUUAAAAAUUAGGGAACGAUAGUUUAAAAAUUAGCUUGUGGAUUAUUCUUACUUCACAAUGCGACGUGUUGUUAUUCAAUGUCGAAAAGAUGAGGAUAUACCAAUACUAAUGGAAAUAAUCAAUUCAUUCAAUGCAUUAUUAAUACGUCCUGAUACACCGGAAAGAUUUGAUAUGAUCCAUGUGGAAAUAUCAGAGGAGAGUGAGACAACACUAACUGAUUUCAGAACUGAAUUAGAAGAUAGGAUACCUGAUAUUGCUGUGAAAAUAUUUUGAGAAAGAGAAUACCUGACGGAAGAAAGGGGGAUAAUGAGACAGUUGAGUGAGGUGUCUAUUGAAUUUAUUACACAAUGACUGCUAUCAUUAUUAUUAUUAUGAUUAUUGCCAUCAUCAUUGUGAUCAUUGUGUAAACAUACAAUUUUAACAAAUAAAAAUUAUUACUAUUAUUAUGAU